AUAAAACCCCAGUCCUCCCGCCCGCGCCCGCCUCCGCCUCCGCCUCUGUCGUCGUUGAUAUAGAGGUCCCCCAGCUCACGGAAAGCUUCGAUUCCAUCCGCUCGCGCGCCCUCCCUGCGGUCGGGUUCAGGCCGGCUCGGCUGUAGUUUUGGAUCGGAGUAACGGAGCAAGCAUGGCAACGGACCAGCCGGUGAUCAGCCUGCGCCCGGGCGGCGGCGGCGGCGUUGGCCUGCGCGCCCCUCGCCUCUUCUCCGCCGCCUUCGCCGCCGGCGGCUUCCUCGGACCGCACGGCGGCGCGUCCUCCGGCUUCGCUGCCAAGCUUGGAGAUUCACAUUUUGAGCCUCUCGAGUGGAUUCACUACACAAGAGAUCAGCUUCUUGAACUGCGUGAGAUUGUUGAAAUAACUAAUGACAUCUUGAAACUUAAGCAAGGUAUUGAUGUUGAACUCCAUGGUGAGGAUCAAAAUUGGGCUGGCAAUGACUCAAAUGUACAAACUCAGUCAUAUAACCGCUAUACUGAGACAGACAGCCAUGACUGGCGUUCACGUUCGCAAACUCCUGUUGUUAUUAGUGAAGAGAAGUCUUGGGACAAGAUCCGUGAAGCUAAAGAAUCCUACGCUUCAAGUGGAAAGCAAGAGCAGUCAAGUUCCCAGUUUGGUGCUAAAGCUCAGGCUGGUCCCACCCAUGCUCUUGUCAAGGCUGAAGUCCCUUGGUCAUUCCGCAGAGGAAAUCUCUCCAACAAAGAGAAAGUUCUGAAAACAGUGAAAGGUAUACUGAACAAAUUGACGCCCGAAAAGUUCGAUGUUCUGAAGGGCCAGUUGAUAGAAGCGGGCAUCACUUCAGCUGAUAUUUUGAAGGAUGUUAUUACUCUCAUAUUUGAGAAGGCUGUUUUUGAGCCCACCUUCUGUCAGAUGUAUGCUCAACUGUGCUCUGAUCUCAAUGAGAAACUCCCAUCAUUCCCUCCUGAAGAACCUGGUGGUAGAGAGAUUACAUUCAAACGUGUAUUGUUGAACAAUUGUCAAGAGGCAUUUGAAGAUGCCAGCAAUUUACAGGCCGAAGUUGAGAAAUUGACUGGUCCAGACCAAGAGAUGGAGAGAUGGGAUAAAGAAAGGCUAGUUAAGCUUCGAACUCUUGGAAACAUUCGCCUGAUUGGUGAGCUGCUGAAGCAGAAUAUGGUGACAGAGAAGAUAGUUCAUCACAUUGUUCAGGAGCUGCUUGGUUCUGGUAGCAACACAUGCCCUGCUGAGGAAAAUGUUGAGGCCAUCUGUCAGUUCUUCAACACAAUUGGCAAACAGUUGGAUGAUAAUCCAAAGUCUCGUCGAUUUAAUGACGUAUACUUCAACCGUGUGAAGGAGCUUACAACUAAUUCUCAGUUGGCACCACGAUUGAGGUUCAUGGCACGUGAUGUCCUUGAACUCCGUUCAAACAACUGGGUGCCUAGACGUGAGGAGAUAAAAGCCAAAAAAAUCAGUGAAAUUCAUAGAGAGGCAGAAAAGAAUCUUGGAUUGCGGCCUGGUUCAACCGCAAACAUAAGAAAUGGUCGUACUGGUACCGGAGGGCCACUUCCACAAGGAUCUUUUCCAACGAACGGACCUGGAACUGGUGGCAUGAUGCCUGGUAUGCCUGGUGUGAGAAAGAUGCCCGGAAUGCCUGGGUUAGAUAACGAUAACUGGGAAGUUCCACGUUCUAAAUCGAUGCCCAGAGCUCAGCCACUUCGCAACCAGGCCCAGCUGAUGAAUAAGCCAUCGUCUGUUAAUUCUAGGCUACUUCCUCAAGGCAGUGGAGCAUUAACUAGUGGCAAAACAAGUGCCCUUGUGGGCAAUGGUGGUCCAAUAUCCUGUCCAUCAAGUUCUCCUGGUGUGACUGUCACACCAGCUCAAACUGUGGGGCCACCAAAGUCCCUCAUCCCAUCUCCAUCUCUAGCACCUGCAGUUGAGAAGCCAGUUGCUGCUCCGAAGUCAAACUCUGCUGAUCUUCAGAAGAAGACCACCUCUCUUCUUGAGGAGUAUUUCCACAUCCGAAUUCUAGAUGAAGCACAACAGUGCAUUGAGGAGCUGAAGGGUCCUGGUUACUACCCAGAAGUUGUUAAAGAAGCCAUCAAUCUUGCUCUUGACAAAGGUGCCAAUUCAAUUGAUCCUCUUGUGAGGCUAUUUGAACACCUUCACAGCAAGAAUAUUUUCAAGGCGGCAGACUUGGAAACUGGUUUCUUGCUUUACGGGUCUCUUCUGGAUGAACUGGCUAUCGACCUUCCGAAAGCUCCAGCACAUUUUGGUGAGGUUAUUGGGCGGCUGCUCUUGUCACGUUGCUUGGGCAUUGGAGUUGUUGAGGAUGCCCUAAAGAAAAUGGAGGACAGCUUCUUCCGUGCGGUGGUUUUCAAAGCUGCAAUGAAAGCCAUCGAAGCAAAUCCGUCAGGUCAGGCUCUCCUGAGCUCUCAUGCCGCUGAGAUCAACGCUUGUAACGAUCUUUUGUCCACGAAAUAAAUAUUUGUGCUAGCUUAACUGGAAAAGCAGGAACUCGCAAUUUAUUACAAUUAACCGUUUCUCAGGUUUUGCCCUAGUGUUGAGAAAUUACAAUGCUGCGUUAGUGAGAAACAGUAUUCGUGAGCUGUAUUUUGUUUUUGGGAGGUUAGACGAGUGCUUAUUGUCACUUGGACAUUGAAAGAAAGGACGGUAGAAAGCCACCAAUUUUGUUCUCUUGUAACGGCAAGUUAAUUUUCUGUAGCAUGAGAUGAACUGAGCAUUAACGUGGUCUUUUUCUUUUUCGCCACAUUUAUGAUAUUAUUAGUUUUCUGCACC